AUGCUAGUUUUGGCAUAUGUUAUCUCGUUCGUUGUGGUGGAUCAUCAUAGCUUUUCGCUGAUACCAGUUUGGGCUUUACAUUUAAAAACUAAUAAACAUGUUCCAUUUGAGUCAGAUGGAAAUUCUAGCAAUUUGUUUAGCACAGUUGUCGAGUACUCAUCACACAAUUGGAGCAUCUACUUGUCAGUUGCUGUUCCUCAAUCAAAUAGCAGUUCUUCAUACGCUUUGGUCGUUUUCCAGCUCCCUAUGUCAAAGUCACUUGAGUUUUCUGUUAUGGAUCCUGAUCGUAAAAUAGCCAAUUUUCUAAAUUUCCGAAAAAUACAGUCAAAAAGUUUUAACCGGAAACCGGUCAGGUUGAAAUCUUUGUUUAUAAAGAUCCAUGUGGUUGUAGAAUGUCGCAAAAUUAGCUCUCCAGUGAACUCUUAUGUUUUGUUUGAGAUUGCUAUGUACAAUAGUCAGCUCAGAGAAACAUGGAGGAGAGCUCUCUACCAAAUUCUACUGGAUGAGAACGCGCUAGACUUCAAAUCAGUUCCUAUCUCCUUAUCACUUGAUUUAACAUGCGGUUUGGUUUAUCCUAGACUUUGUGGGGUGAUCUUUGUCGGUUUCCUGACAAAUAAUGUCACCUUAUCACAUUACUCUACCAUAUCCCUUUCAUUGGAUGAUGGGGAAAUACUUUGGCACCAUCUAGUUGGCGAUUUCGAAGGUUCGAUAAAAGCUUAUGAAAGUGAUUUAGUUUUGAAGAACUGGAAAAUACGCAUUUCGAAACAAUAUCUGUUUAGCACACAUAUUGAUGAAUCCCAGUGGACCGAAUUCACUGGAAGUCUCUCCCAUAUUUUCCCUGUUCGUUGGUAUGGUGUGGGUAGUUGUGAAAUUCGCCUUGUAUAUGCAAAGAAACACUCAGAAUAUCCUGUAGAAAAGUCUCUGCGUACCCCAAAUGCAAUUGCUGUGAUCCAUCAAUCAGGUCUAGAUCUUCUAGAUUUAAAAUCUGGUCAUCCGCUUAUGACUAUUACUUUAAGAUGGAAGAUCGGAUCAACAUAUACUAUUCUCUCUACUCCGGUAUCUGAUGGUCUGAUUAGUCGCCAGCUUGGAUCGCCUACAAUUUAUGAACUACGAAUUGCUUCGGAAAUUACGGAUUCCCCAUCAAAUGGUUUGAAGAUAAAAGUGCAUUCUAGUUCUGACCAUGUUAAUUCAUCUCUGGAGAGUGACUUUUCACAUACUGUCGACUGUCAGGGUAUAUUCAUCCGUCACGAAUCUGCACCUAAUAACUGGCAAGCAGUCAAAUCGUUUUACUCAAACGAAAUGAUUGCAAUUCAUUCAUCCACUUAUCAUGGUUUGUGUCGUCCUUUCAGAUUGUGGGAGUAUUCCAGACUAGGUAGACCUAAUUGGCAAGAAGAUUCAAGAAAAUCUACUCCACCAGUUGUGGUGAAAAGACAUAUUCCAUUAUCAGGCUUAGCUAGAUUAUGGUAUUCGUUGAUGCAUGAUAAAUCUGAUGAAUUCAAUCAUUACGGUAUGAAUCAAGAUUUAAGCCAUACAAAUGAUCAUGAACAUCAUGACAUUUACUUUUUAACUUCGGAUGGAAUUAUUACUUCUGUAUCGAACUAUGGGUAUGAAAACUGGCGCGUAAAUUCUGAAGUCUCCUGGUUACAAGUUUCACGAACCUUAGGAACACUUGCGUCUCAUGGAGAGGAAAGAUCUGUUGAUAAGCAUUUAGAUGAUCUGUACAUAGAACACUUUCAUCCCACGUUAACUACAAUCAAUCUUGCAUCUUUAGGACAAGGAUUUGUUCGUGAUCUUAGCGUAUUUUCCAAGAUAAAGCCUACAAUACCUACUAUGCCAUUAUUGGUUUCUACUGGAUGGGAUUCUGUUGGUGUUGUUGAUCGAACUAAUGGUAAAUUAUUGGCUGCUCAUCGACUCCCAACUCAACCAACUGGUCAACCAAUUGUUAUUUCACUUGCACUAUCCAAUACAACUAAAUUUUCAGAAGUUGUAAAUGUUCCUACUAUAUUGUUGGUUCCAUGUAAUGAUAUACUUGUUGGUUUUGUUUUAGUACAAUGUCUACGCAUAUGGCUUUUGAUACCUUUGAUAAUUAGUUUGACUGUAUCAUUCUUUGUGCUUACAUGGUGUUGUGAUUUGGAUGCAUAA